AAAUAAAUCCAAUCAGCAGAACAGACUGAUUAUACUAAAAUUUUCGGUGGUUUUGUUAUCUUGCUCGUCAUCUGUGAAGUGUAAAAGUUCGGAAAAUUCAUCAAAAAACAUAAUGCUAGUGAAGUAGAAGAAGAAGAAGAAGUGGCUUCCAACACUCCGACUAAUCUUUGCGGACGCUAAGCAGUCAGUGGUCAGCAGUAAAAUUGCUCGCGUUCACCCCACCCAUCAAGCAGCGGCCGUGGUAUCGGUUACGACGACGACUACGACCAGCAGCGCGAUGGAAUGCGACGAUGCGGCAGUCGAACGGCAGAAGCUGGUAUCCAACGACGAGGAGGACGAUCAAGCGACCAUCACUAACCUUUCGUCCAGCGGGCAGGCCAAAUCGAUUCAGACGCCAAUCUCCCCCGUGCUCAGCAAUAAGGUUCGUGAGUCAUCCAUUUUCUCUAGUGGCGAAACGAGCCGUAGUCACAAUUCCACCAGCUACACGGCCAGCCUAGCGGGGAAAGCUGCUCAGGGCGAUGCUCCGCCCGCAACGCGCUUAAACUAUGUCAACGAGCGUCGGGCUGGCCAGGACGCGAAGGUCAAACCGAAAAAGAUUCAAAGAGAUCUUACACCGUCCAGUGCAAUCAGCUCUAGCAACAGCAGUAGCAAUCUCCCUGUCGGCUCGCGGCUUUACCGCAGCGCCGGUCUGCAGCAGAGGGUGUCCGAUCAGUCGUCGCAAGCCAGUAACAGUAGGUCGAACGCCGCCACCGCCAACAGUAGCGCGACCAGCUUGAACAAAAGCCACAGCUUUGCUUCGCGUUCACUAAAACAUCAUUCUUUCAUAUCAGAGGUUCCGGACGUGCGGCACAUGGAGCGGGCUCUGCUCGGGCUGCUAGACGAUUUCCACUCGGGCAAACUGAAGGCUUUCGGAUCCGGCUGCACGAUGGAACAGAUGACCAGCAUCCGCGAGCAGCAGGAAAGUCUGGCAAAACUCCACUUCGAUCUGGGCAAUGAAUCCUCCACGUCGUCGGCUGCCUUCAGCAGUGGAAACGCCGACAGUAAUCAGUCCCAGGCCAACAUGAAAAAGCUGGUAGCCAAGCUGGAGCAGCUGUCGUUUUCCAUCGAGAAGUUGCACUCGAGCAAAGCAGAGCAGUAAGUACGCCACACCACAUAGCUGCCACAGGGAAACAUAUUCUAUAUACAAUUACAAUUGGGUUCAAAGUACACGAUAUAGUUCGAUAGUAGGUGCUACGCGACGUUGGAAACCAUUUUUUUUUAAUUUAUUACUGCAAUAAUAUGACUUAAUCAGAUCACAAAAGCGAAAAAACGUGGUUCGAAGGAAAUUAA